GCCCCGCCCCCAGGGGUGAGGGGUCACGGGUUGCGUAGGACCCGCAGCGCAUCGCUUUCCCACGCCCCGGGCCGAUGGCGCCCGCGCAGCGCUGCCCUCUGUGCCGCCAGACCUUCUUCUGCGGCCGCGGGCACGUCUACAGCCGCAAGCACCGGCGGCAGCUGCAGGCGGCUUUGGACCGGCUCCUGCCCCAGGUGGAGGCCGCCCGCAAGGCCGUCCGCUCGGCGCAGGUGGAGCGGUACGUGCCCGAGCACGAGCGGCGCUGCUGGUGCCUGUGCUGCGGCUGUGAGGUGCGCACACACCUCAGCCACGGGAGCCUGACGGUGCUGCACGGGGGGCUGCUGGAGCACCUGGCCAGCCCAGAGCAUAAGAAAGCAACAAACCGAUUCUGGUGGGAGAACAAGGCUGAGUUUCAGAUGAAAGAGAAGUUUCUCAUCUCCCCUCAAGAGUAUGCACAAUUCAAGAAAUCCAUGGUAAAAGGUUUGGAUUCCUAUGAGGAAAAAGAGGACACGGCGAUCAAAGAGAUGGCAGCUCAGAUCCGAGAGGUGGAGCACAGCCGGCAGGAGGUGGUGCGGUCCAUCUUAGAGUCUCAGGCAGUGCCAGACCCAGAAGAGGGCUCUUCGGCACCUGGAAGCUGGAAAGGGACAACCAGUCAAAUAACCUCCACCUCACAGUGGCCCUCAUACUUGGACCUGCCACCUGCCCCAGAACUUGACUGGAUGGAGACAGGACAACCUCUGACAUUCAUUGGUCAUCAGGGUGUGUUUUUUUUUUUCCACUUCCAACUACAGGACACACCAGGACUUGGUAACAUCCACUCAGGUGCCACACCACCCUGGAUGGCCCAAGAUGAGGAACACAGCUCUGGGAACCAACAAAUAGGACCUUCCUAUGAAGAAUUUCUCAAAGAAAAGGAAAAACAGAAAUUGAAGAAACUCCCUCCAGACAGAGUUGGGGCCAACUUUGACCACAGCUCCAGCACCAGCGCAGGCUGGCUGCCCUCUUUUGGCCGCGUCUGGAACAAUGGACGCCGCUGGCAAUCCAGACAUCAAUUCAAAACUGAAGCUGCAACAAGGAACAAACAGCAGUCAAAGAAAAUGGUUUCAUAAGGCUUAGAAGCCAUGUCAGCAAGUCCAGCCCCGCUACUACCUUUUGUGACUGCCUCGCUUAGGAAAAAGACAUACCCACUUACUGAUUUAAUAAAGGUUUAUUUUUCAAAAUGUA